CACACUGCCUGUCACCAGUGUCUCUUUGUUUCCUUCAUAACGGCUGUGUUUUCACCUUAAUUAACCCUUUCUAAGCGCCGGAAGGAAAGGGUUAAGAUGUGUAUCAGUAUUAUAUACUUACGCUGCAACUCGCCCCUGAGAGAGAGAGAGAGAGAGAGAGAGAGAGAGAGAGAGAGAGAGAGAGAGAGACCCAGCUGAGCUAGCUGCCUCGCUCCUCCGCGCUUCAGAAGUACGGUGCAGACAAGACACAGCCGCCAGCCAUGCAUUACUACCCUUCCAGAUAAAGGGAAGCAGCAGAGAGGCAAACAGCGUGAAGGAAGCCAGCAAGACAGAGGCAGGCAGCCUCAAAGAAGGCCACCAAAACAGAGGCAGGAACCCUCAACCAAGAGUGCGUGGCGGGGCGAGCAUGAACACCACCACAACAAAGUCUUGUCCAUGCUGGUGGAGGGCAACAAGGCAGCCAUGGCCAGCAUCCCCAAGGUUUGUGAUGGUCACACGCUGAGCUAGGAUGGCCUGACGCCUCUCCACGCCGCGGCGCUGUGCGGGGCUCCCAGUGAUGCUGUGGAGGCUUUGCUGCGACGCGGCGUGAGCCCUCAUGUGACCACCCCUGACAACAUGACCCCCGCUGACCUGGCACGGCAGCAAGGCCAAGACUCAGUGAUUAAGGGACUACAGCGCCACCACUGUGUACAGAGCUACAAGCUUCCUGAAGAACUGCAUGAAGAGCUGCUCUCAACAGUCGGUCGCCGGGACGACGUGCAGGCGGUGUCCACUCUCAUAUGUAAGGGCGCUCCCAUAGAGCUCCUGGGUGGCCUUUCUGUCCUCAGACUGGCUGUCACCACCGACCGCAUUAACACCGUCAGCCUGCUGCUGGCUAGCGGUGCACCGCUGCCUGCCAGCCUGCUGCAGGAGGCUUGGCAGAGCCCCGACGUGACUCACAGGGUGCUGGCCUUCCUCACCACCGCCUACUGCUGCCGGCUGCGUGCAGAGCAGCGUCGCCUGGAAAAGGUCAGCAGCGCCCUUGUCGAGGGCAUCGACAAUCUAGUGACAACCAUCGAGGGAAAUACUCCCUGGCAGGCAGCCUGGCGAUGGGGAAAGGAGACUGACCGGCCAGCACUGAGCGACCUCCUGGCAAAGGCAGCGGCUGCCAACUGCCCCGUGACUGCCGCCUUCCUGCAUAGGGCAGGAGGGUGGACAGUCUUUAAUGGAGCCUCUGGUGGCACUGCCCUCCACGCUGCCCUGGAGGCUGGCCACAAAGGCAUGGCCGAGCUGCUGAUCAGGGACCUUGGGGGCUGCCCGUACGUGCCGGACACACAUGGUCGCCUUGCGGUGCACAUGAUGCCUCACGAGGAGCAACAGAGGCUGGAGCAGAAGCUCUUUAUGGCGGAGCAUGAAAAACUGAAGGAUAUGGAGCUUCGCUUGAAGGCAGAUCACGAGAAGACCGCAGCACGGACAGCGCUGUGUAUACAGGAGGAUCUUUUUGAGAGCCACAAGAAGGGCGAGGGUAAGAAUGUCUCCUUACCUGAUGGCCACGCUGCCCUGCUGCUGGCCUCAGGCAAAGGUCUCCGGCAGCUGACUCAUCUUAUACUGCAAAAGGGUCACUUCCCCGUGGACGAGGUGCUGGACCACACCUGCGGCACCACCGCCCUCCACCAGGCGGCCUCGCAUGGCCAGGACGGCUGCGUGGCGCUGCUGCUGAGCGCUGGCGCCAACCCACAGCAGCGUGACACGUAUGGCCAGACACCCCCUCACCUGGCAGCCAUGUUUGGCCAUAAAAGUACUUUUCAACUCCUGGCUCACCAAGUGACGCAGGACCCUCCUUGCCGCACGGGCACUACGGGCACACAGGUGAGAGAAAAUUUUAAAGUGUUUCACAAAAUGUAUUAUAAAUAUAAGCGUAAUCUAUUAGACCCAAUCGACCGACGUGACCCGGAAAGCGUCAUAAGAAAUCUUGUGAGAUCCAUAGGCCUGCAAGAGCUGCAGGAGGAGGCUCAGCGGGUGGCUGUGGAUCUAUCAAAGGGCGAGGCCCUUGAGGUAAAGGAGGCGGUGAUGGCAGAAAUAAGCAUCAUCAUGAAUAAGGUGUCAGCUGCUGAUGCUACGUACCGCGGCGACCUGAGGCUGGCAGGCAGUUCUCAGUUACGCCCCUGACG